CUUAGAAAUGCAUAGUUCUUGAUAUUUAUAAAAUUGUCUUGUCAUACGUAGUUCGUAGAAAAAAAAUUAACAUAUAUAUAACCUCAUUUCCUCAGUAUAUAUAGGAAAUGAUUUAUCCCCUUUGAAUUACACCCUUACAGAAAACACUCAAUCAUUUACAUCAGCUUGUCAAUACUAGAAACAUGAUGAAUACCUUAUUUUCUGUUUUCUUCUUGGUUGCUUUUCUUUUUUAUGCUUGGAGAGUCUUGAAUUAUUUCUGGUUGAGGCCAAGAAAACUAGAAAAGAUUCUUAGAGCACAAGGGCUGGUUGGAAGUUCCUAUAAACCACUUCUUGGUGAUCUGAAAGAGUUGCAAAGGGUGACUGAAGAAGCCAUUUCCAAGCCAAUCAAUCUUUCUGAUGAUAUUUUGCCAAGAGUUGUGCCUUUCGAAUUUCAUGUCACCAAGAAAUAUGGAGGUAAUCCAUUUAUUUGGUUUGGGCCAAUCCCAAGGGUUAUCAUCAAAGACCCAGAACUCAUGAAAGAGAUGUUGCAGAAGCAUAUGAUAGUUCAAAAGCCUGCUUUUAAUUCGUUGGCCAAAUUGCUGAUUGAAGGAGUUGUUACAGCGGAGGGAGACAAAUGGGCAAAGCACAGAAAAAUCGUCAUUCCUGCUUUCAAUCUCGAAAAAAUUAAGCUUAUGCUGCCAGCUUUUCAAGUAUGUGCUAGUGAAAUGGUAAACAAAUGGGAAGAAAGCCUUUCCCCAGAAGGAUCUUAUGAUUUGGAUGUCUGGCCUUCCCUUGUAACUUUAACAAGUGAUGUGAUUUCAAGGACAGCAUUUGGUAGCAACUAUGAAGAAGGUAGGAAAAUAUUUGAGCUUCAAGAAGAACAGGCAAAACAUAUUAUAACAAUUGGCCUAUCAUUGGCAAUUCCAGGACUGAGGUUUCUGCCCACCAAGAGGAACAGAAGAAUGAAGGAGAUUGCAAGAACUGUGGAAGAGUUAAUCAGUAACAUAAUUGAUAAGAGAGUCAGAGCAAUGGAAGCAGGGGAGCCCAGUAAGAAUGACUUACUGGGGAUUUUACUUGAUUCCAAUUUCCAGGAGAUUAAAGAAAAAGGCCACAAGAGAUUUGGUUUGAGCACUAAAGAUGUUGUUGAAGAGUGCAAGCUCUUCUAUUUUGCUGGACAGGAGACCACUGCCACAUUGGUGGUUUGGUCUUUGGUUUUGCUCAGUCAACAUCCAGAAUGGCAGUCGCGCGCUAGAGAGGAGGUUUUUCGAGUUUUUGGCGGAACAGAGAUCAAUUUUGAUGCCCUGAACCACCUUAAAGUUGUUACAAUGAUUUUGAAUGAAACCCUAAGGUUAUAUCCAUCAGUAGCAGCUCUCAGUAGAACUGUCAUUGAAGAUACAAGAAUUGGAAAAUAUUUUCUGCCAGCGGGUACAUUGUUCACAUUGCAGAUAGUCCAAAUGCACCAUGAUCCAGAAAUAUGGGGCGACGAUGUGAAAGAGUUCAAGCCAGAGAGAUUUAGCGAAGGCGUGGCGAACGCAACAAAGGGGCAGCCUGCAUUUUUCCCAUUUGGUUCAGGACCCCGCAUUUGUCUUGGACAAAACUUCUCAAUGACUGAAGCCAAAUUGGUGAUGGCAAUGAUUCUUCAACGCUUCUCCUUUGAGCUUUCCCCGUCUUACACCCAUGCUCCAUAUACAGUGAUCACAGUUCAACCUCAGCAUGGUGCACAGCUAAUUUUGCGCAAACUGUGAUUCAGUGAAUUCAUUAUUGUUGUGCAAGAAGCCGAUGAACCGGCUAUUACUUUUCGCUUCCAGUACUCGUACUGUUCAAUUAUUAUAAUUUACAAAAUGUUUGGUUUUGUUAUUUGCCAAGC